AUGGAAACUUGGACCGACGAGGAGUCGUCGCCGUCGGACUCGAGCGUGGAAAAUGAGGCGACGAAAGAGAAAAAAAUCAGCAUGAUCGAAAUAGCAAAGUACUUGAGGCGAGAAAGAACUGAAAGAACCGUCGAUACGGCAAAUCGGACCGGCACAUCGGCUGGCAGAGAAUCGAACAAUGCUUACUCUUGCCAAUGCGCCUUGGAUCCGCCAAUGCUUGCGUCAGUGUUGAAAGGUUCAAAUGCCGCGUCGGACAACGUACUACUAAGCUGUCCGUCGGAUAACAUCGGUGUACGUAGCAUGUCCUUCGAGUUCCCGGAUGUCGACGCUCUCGGCGAGUUCGAAGCUUUUGCUUUCGCUGAGAUUCUACAGGAUGCUAUCGAUGCGCUCGAAGUGUUGAAACACACCGUUAAGAAAGAUAUUGACGCUAACGAAAGAAACCAGCGGAUAAUGAUGAGGAAACCAGGUAGUUGCUCAGUUGACGACGAAUGUAAAUUGAUUUUUGGAAGAGAUGCUGGCUAUGUACCUGUCGUUAAGAGUAUCUCGGAAAAAUUAUAUGAUAAUAGAGAUUUAGUCUGUAACGUUUUUCAAAAAGUUGCAUGCGAACUUCGUCAACGUGGCACAUACGACUGGCUUCGUUGCGAAGUCAAUACAAUAAUCGAUUCUAAAGAGAAAGAGAAAUAUCUCGAAAUCAACCGAAAAAUUUGGUUGGAUCUGAUAAAAAAGCUACGCGAAUCUCAAAAGCAGAUCAAGGAUGAAUUCGAAAAAAAGAAAAGUGAAUAUACCGAGGAUUUCGAGAAAUUAGCUGCGGAAAUCGACACUUCGUAUUGUGACAAUAGAGAUAAAUUAGAUUAUAUAAGAAGAUGGGAAAAGUCGAAAUUAGAGCAACAUAAUUAUCGACUAACAGUGCACGAAGAAUCGGUGCUAAAUGAAAUCAAGGAAUUAGAAAUAGAACGUAAACGUGACGCUAAAGUCUCGGAAGAAUUACAAUCUUACGGGAAAUCGGCUAUUUACAGCUGUGAAAAUGAAAUUGCCAGUUGGACUGAACGAUAUCACGAGGAACUUGAAAAACGACAGCAAGAAAUUAAUCAAUUGCAGGAAAGCAUCGAGGCACUCCAAGAAUCUCUUGAAAAAAUACGAGAUCUACAGAAAGAAAGACAAGUCGUGGUCGAUGAAUACAUGGAAGAACAAAAGAAAAUAAAUGAUGAGAAUGAAUACUGGAAAACGGUCAACGAACAAGCAACAAUCAUACAAUCCAUCUGGCGUGGAUACAUGGUUAGACAUAGAUUAGGUCCAUUUGACGCAAUAUUCAAACUGGCUGCUAAAAGAAAGAAAAAAAAAUCAAAAAAACCAAAAAAUCCAAAAAAGAAGAAAAAAGACUAAAAAGAUGCCAAA